AUGGCCCCCGCCGUCCUCCCGCUCGAGAUACAGGAAAAAGUGAUCGACGGAGUGCACGACCACCCCAUCUCUCUUCGUUCCUGUUCUCUCGUCUGCCGCGAUUGGCGCAUCCGUGCCCAGUACAAUCUCUUCUCUUCCAUCACGCUUUCACAAGCUCCGUCCAAGGCGCGCUGUCCAGGCGAAAGGCUACGCGAGGUCCUUCUGGGCAACCCUGCUCUCCCCCUCGCCGUCACGUCCCUCACCCUCGAACACGGCGCCCUAUUCAGGUACCACGACGGCUGGCAGCUCCAACAUAUCCCCGAAUGGAUGUCCUUGCUGUUGAAUCUCCGCACUCUCAUCCUUCGAUCUACUCACAACACAUGGUCGAACAUUUCGGACACCACCAUCCGACAUGCCCUCUCGCUCGUCCCCUUCGUCAGCACUCUUGUUCUCGACCAAGUUGCACUGCAGACCCCGGAUUCACUAGUCCUGAGCGCAUCCAUCCCAUCACCAUCUACCGGCGGUACUCCGAUAUCUGAGAUCUCCCUCAAACAUCUUAUUUGCACUGCGUUUCCAAUAACUGUAAACGAAAACCUCAGCAGUCCCAGCCCGCCGCACAUCCCUCGUUUGCUCCGCCGACUCACCGACAUGGGUCUCACCGGAUUGCACACCCUCGAAGUCGGCUGGAGCAGCUCAUGGGGUCCCGCUACGUCUGGAACCGCCAGCGCGGCACCUACUGAGCUUCGCGAUCUGGAGCGAUUUUGCGUCCGAUUCCGCAAGCCCAACGACGCAUACGAUCGGCAAACACAAGGUAUGCGCUCGACACUCCACACCAUCCUCUUCAUGGACUCGUCUACAGAGAACGACAUGCGCGCGACAUUCAGAGCUAUCGCCUCGAGUGCCCGUCUGCGAUCGCUCGGCGUCACCCUCGGAGACACCCAACACGACUUCGUCCGCGCGAACAGCCGCAAAGCCUCCCCGUCCCUCCUCACGUCCCUCUCCGCCCAUCUCUCAGAAACACCCCCGCCCCAUCCCGAUCUGGAGAUCCUCGAAAUCACGCUCGCAGUUCCUCAUCGUUCUCUUAACAGCGCAUGGGAUUCGGCGGCGCGGGAGCUAGCCAGGGUGCUCGGUGACGGCCUGCGGUACCCUCGAUUCUGCCUCGUUCGGCUGCGUCUCUUCAUGCGGGAAGCCGCGGCCCGCGAUGUGCGCAAAGGCGGUUCGGCUGUGCUAUCUCCAGACGAGCUGAAGAAACGAGGGCUACUCUUGUUAGAGCCCUUCGCAAGCCAGGGCGUAGACGUCAAGGUGGACGUCACGGUUCUCGCACCGGCUCCCGGCGCGGUCCACGCGUAG